CUUUAAUCCGCUUGGACAAUAGUGGGAGUUGCAAAAUCAUCAUCUAGCCACAGAUCUAGCAGCUACUACGCCUUACAGGAAGUAUGGUUGCCAGGCAAGUUCCCCUCGCCAAGGCAUAAAGUAAACUAGCUUGAAGAAGUGUAUGGUCAGAGCAGCAGAGAAACUUCAGCGAGCUAUUCCUAAAAUCAAACUUUCAGUAAUUAUUUUAAAGCAGCUUGCACGUAAAGAAAUAAGCUAACAUCCUGCUGCAAAAAUGUCUGUUGCAGGCUUCAAGAAACAAUUUUAUAAAGCCAGCCAGAUGGUGAGUGAGAAGGUGGGGGGUGCAGAAGGAACCAAGCUGGAUGAAGACUUCAAAGAUUUGGAGAAGAGGGCAGAUGUUACCAGUAAAGCGGUGGUGGAUGUCAUCUCUAAAACCUCUGAGUACCUGCAGCCCAACCCAGCAUCCAGGGCCAAGCUGACCAUGCUGAACACAGUGUCUAAGAUCCGGGGCCAGGUGAAGAGCCCUGGCUACCCCCAGGCUGAGGGGCUGCUAGGGGAGAGUAUGGCCAAGUUCGGACGAGAGAUUGGAGAGGACACAAACUUUGGUGGGGCCCUGGUGGACGUGGGCGAGUCCAUGAAGAGGCUGGCCGAAGUCAAGGACUCCCUGGACAUCGACGUCAAACAAAACUUUAUCGACCCACUGCAGGCCGUCGUCGACAAGGACAUCAAAGAUAUCCAGCAUCAUCUGAAGAAGCUGGAGGGCAGGCGUCUGGACUACGACUAUAAGAAGAAGCGGCAGGGGAAGAUCCCAGACGAGGAGCUGAGAUCGGCCCUGGAGAAGUUCCAUGAGUCCAAAGAGAUGGCCGAGAGCUCCAUGCACAACCUGCUUGAGACUGACGUGGAGCAGGUGAGUCAGAUGGCUUCUCUGGUGGAGUCCCAGCUGCAGUAUCACAAACAAGCCGUGCAGGUUCUGGAGGAGCUGACUGACAAACUCAGAGAACGGGUGAACGAGGCCCAGUCUCGCCCCAGGCGGGAGUACACUCCUAAACCCAAACCCUCCUUUGACUACGGAGAGCCGGAGCACUCAAACGGAGGAUACUCUCCCACUGCCAACUCCCCUUCAUACUCGUCAGAAGAAUGCAAAAUUCAAGUUCCUUUUUCUCUUUCCCUUUCCAACACAUUCCUCUCCUUCCCUGUCCCAGCCUCUGAGCCGUGCGCUAAGGCAAUGUAUGACUUUGAGCCGGAGAACGAGGGUGAGCUGGGCUUCCGCGAGGGCGACAUCAUCACGCUGACCAACCGCAUCGACGAGAACUGGUUCGAGGGCACACUCCGCGGCCAAUCAGGAUUCUUCCCCAACAACUACGUAGAAGUGGUCGUGCCCCUGUAACGCUCAGAGAGGAGAAGAGAACGAGAGGGAGGGAAGGGAGGAGAGAGGUAAACCAGAGGGGGCAUCUCAAUAGUCUAAAGUGGCCUCCAGUUCAUGGUCACUGAUCUAAAAAUGCAGAACUGAUGCCUACAAGGAGAUCUCGGUGUAAGAAAAUUCGAUGAGGAAAGAGGUCACUUUAGGUUAUUGAGAUUCACCCAAAGAUGGAUGGAUAGAAAAAGUGAGGGAGAGAGGAAAAGGAUGUUGAUUGAGAGAAAAGUUAGUACAACAUUGGGGUGGGUGUAUCUUUGUUUUCAUUCUCUAUGCACCUGUGCACUUUCUACACUUCACCUCCCUUACCGGGAGAUAUGAAGAAGGGGUUACUAGAGGAGAUGUUUGUGUUAUUAUGUGUGACCUGUACCCAUGAACACUACCAGGCUAUGCUGUAAAAUUGCCUUGAAAUUGUUGCCUUUAAUCACUCAUUUACUUAAGGACAAUAACGUUAUUUCUAGGCAAAAUAGUUUAAAUAUGUUUUACUCUUCCACAAGUGGGAAUCAAAAGCCUGUUCAUUUUAAUGCACACACGCCCUCCUCUUUUAUAUACAAACACAAAAUCCAUACACCCAUUAUAUUCCUCCCUGAAGUGGAGCGUUAGAUGGGUCGCCGUUUUAGCAGUUAAAUGCUGCCCUCUGCUGGUCUACGUGUGUUAGACCUUCAGGAGUAGGAUGAAGUUGCCCAUAGAUACGGAUCAGUUUUGCGUGUUUCCCCCUAAUGGUUAAUUUCAUGGUCCUUUUUUCUAACUCGUAAUCUAUCCCAUACUUGUAAAAUGUGAUUUGUUCAGCUGGUAUGUGGAAUAACUAGCCUGUUUGCCAGCCUGUUUCUACUCAAGCCAACGUGGCCAUUGUCUUGGCGUGGUAACAAUAUGGUGUUGUUGGAAACAGUUGGGCACCUAGGCUAGUGAAUGACUGUAGUGAAUGGUCCUUUUCUGUUGGCAUACACACAUCUCUGCUGGUCAGAGUUGUACUAUGUCUCUUAACACGAUCUCUGUUUGGUACUGUUACUGCUGCUAGGCUGCCUUUCAUAGACUCCGUCUGCAAUACCCCUGUGCCUUCCUCCCCCUCUCCUCUGUAUCUCUGCCUUACACUAACUUUUAUAUGGCCAAAUUAUCAAAAAGGGAAACUUUGCAUUUCCCACCCCGUCCUUAGUUCUGAAUGUGUUUUUGUGUUCUAACUCUGAUUUGUAGCAAUCUGUACCUUCUGACAAUAACCCUUGUCUCUGUGUGCCUGAGGGCUGAAACCAAAGUAACACCUUUUUUUUUGAGAGUGGAGAUGGAUACCACAGUGGCCUCCUAUGAUUGACUUGCUACUGUCAGUCUGCGUACGGUCAGUAAGGUGUGUGCAUGUCUGUCAGUAUGCAUCGCUUGUUGACACUGCUGGCAGUGUCUUGGAGAAUGUAUUCAGGUUUUCUAGAGCAUGCAUUUACAGAUGCUACCAAAAGGGGAUUUGAAAUCACAUUCUUCGUUGGAGAAGUAUUUUAAAGACGGGUAGUUGUUUUUUAUUUACACAUGUCACCCCCGUGGUGUGUGUGGGGGAGAGAAAGAGAGGAAAGAGUACUUGAUAUGACCAUGAACUUGUUUUUCUGGGUGUUACACUGUUCUAGUUUCAGUUCCACCUACACCUUUUACCCAGAGCCUCAACUGUAAAGAUAUGAACUCUACACACAGACAAUAACUGGUUCUCCUUGAUAUCUAGUUGUUUCACUCCAUCACAGCACCCGUGGAACUGGAACAGAAUCUUUUAUUUAGAAAUGGCACAGGACAGCUUAUCCCCUACCCCCACUCGCUGGCUCUCUGCCCCCAUUCCUAUGCCCCCUUUACUCCCCUCCUACCCCUCUCUCACACCUGCCCCGGGUCCUUCCCUAUUGUCAUCCCUAAUCCUCCCCCUCGAGCCCUGCCCCUCUCCCAUCACUACAGAACUCUCCCUCCCCAUCUCCCUCUCUCCACUCCUUCCCUAGAACAUGCAGCUCAAUACCAAAAGAAACCUAAUAUCCCUUGUGCAUUUUGGCAUGUUCCUCUUAACUUAAUGUUUACAUGUGUCUCUUGUUGUCUGUUAUAUUCGUUGGAUUGACAUGGUUUGGGGUUUAGUGCCUCUGUCAGUGAGUAAUGUUUAGGUUCAGGUGUGGUUUGCCAUGGCCCAUUAGCCUAACUAAAAAUAACUACACAGGGGGACCGAGGUGGGGGGGAGAGAAGGGGCUCAGGUUGUGCCAAGUACCUCGUAUACCUGUUUAAUAAUAUAACAAAGGGCUCAGAUCAACUUUGUCCGUUUUUGCGGACGUGUGUGUCGUCAACUAUUCUAAUGCCAUUGGUGACUAAUUAUAUUUGUAUGUUUUUCACACUACAUUCGUAGCUGGGGUAGAUCUACCAAACCCCACAGGAGUACCAUAUUAUUUGGAUAUUAUGAAAAUAAGUAUUAUCUUAACUAACUUUAUUUGAAUAUACAGAAUCAUAUUGGAAGGUGUCCAGUGUACAUUUAUAGUAUCCUGCAUGUGUCUCUAUAUGUAAUGUGUCUUGCAUUAGCGAUGAUGCCUCAUUUUGAGGCUCAGUUUUUUUUUAACUGUGACGCUCUCCAGGGAUCGAGGCUUGAACCGAGGCAGGAUUAUUUCUGGAUUAUCUUUGUAUUGUCAUGUAUAAUCUCCUGUGUAUUGUAUAUUUUUGUUAUGAUGUAAAGGGGAAAGGAUUCUGUCCUUUCGCUUCUUAAAUAAAUAUAAAGGAAAGUGAAGUGGCCCUCAGUGUGCUGGUUGUGUCUUCAGGUUUACAAUGCA